GGUGGUUGGUUAUCUAUCAAAUUAAGGCGAACGGACCUCUGGUCCUAUGAGUUCAGCGAGCCUGUGAGCUCUGCUCUGCCUGAGAGACAAGUUUUGCAAAUCUGACGAGGGAGUUUUGUUAGAAUCGUCAAAAGAAGAAACGAUGGACUCCGACUGAUAAGUAAAAUCUUCCCCAAUUGUAAACCCUAGCGACUUCGGUUCCCUCUCAGUGCUGCAAUGGUGGUUUGCAAAUGCCGCAAGGCUACUAAGCUAUAUUGUUUCGUGCACAAGGUUCCUGUUUGCGGAGAAUGCAUCUGUUCUCCCGAGCAUCAAAUAUGCGUGAUUCGUACUUACUCAGAAUGGGUAAUAGAUGGAGAGUAUGAUUGGCCUCCGAAAUGCUGCCUCUGUCAUGUUGAGCUGGAUGAGGGGACUGGCCCCCAAACGACUCGGCUGGGUUGCUUGCAUGUAAUACAUACAAGUUGCCUGGUUUCACAUAUCAAGAGUUUCCCUUCGCAUACUGCACCAGCUGGAUAUGUUUGUCCUACAUGUUCCACACCGAUGUGGCCUCCCAAGAAUGUGAAAGAUUCGGCAUCCUGCUUUCACUCAAAGUUGAAGGAAGCUAUCAUGCAGACUGGCUUGGAAAAGAACUUGUUUGGAAAUCAUCCAGUUUCAUUGUCGACAGAAUCACGUAGUCCUCCUCCUGCAUUUUCCUCAGAUCCACUUGUUAGUGCAUCUUUGAAUGGAGGAAGGGACGAUAAUGCUAGCUCAUCCGCAGGAAAAGAUGGACCUAACGUAAUUGAUUUCGCGGCUACAACUGGAGCAGGACCUUCUAUACAUCCAGUGGCAGACAUAGUGGAGAUAGGAAGUCCUAGUUCGGCAGGGAAUUAUGUGCAAAGCACGAGUCCGCCUGGUGCUACAACACGAAAGGGUGCAUUGCAAGUUGAGCGACAGAACUCUGAAAUUUCAUAUUAUGCAGACGAUGAAGAUGGGAAUCGUAAAAAGUAUUCACGAAGGGGCCCAUUCCGACAUAAGUUUCUUAGAGCAUUGCUUCCAUUCUGGUCAAGUGCGUUGCCAACUCUACCAGUGACUGCACCCCUGCGAAAAGAUGGAUCAAUUGAAAAUGAUGUCCCAGAAGGUCGUCCCCGACAUAAAAAAUCAUCAAGAAUGGAUCCAAGAAAAAUCCUACUUGUUAUAGCAAUCAUGGCAUGCAUGGCGACUAUGGUUAUUUUGUAUUACAGAUUAGUGCAACGGGGUCUUGGUGAGGAGAUGCCUGAAGACGAGCAGCAGCAAUAACUUCCAUAUAUGGUGUGGUGAAAUUCAGGUGCGGUGUAUACUUCUCUUAAUGCGCAGACCUCCUGAUCCCAGUCGUUGUGAUCCUGCAUUAAAAUGUUUUUUUAUUUGUUUGGCCUGGACCUGCUUCAUGUUGUUAGUGAAACGUAGAAACGGAUAGUAGAAAUUUACAUUUCAGUGUUGAUCACAGUGAAAGUAGCUUCGUCCAUGAUCUCUCGUUCCCGUUUUUCUUUUUGUAUCUGUAUGAAGUUGAAUUGGAGAGGCAGGUUAAGUGCAAAAGUUUUGUUGUAAUCAUCAAUUGAUUCAUUUUUAUGAAUAAACCUGCUAGAAGGAGCGCAUCCCUUUACAAGGAA